AUGAAUGAUUACAAUCGGGGUGCAUUAGAGUAUACCCUACCAUGGCCUAUCGUACAACGUAUAUUGACACUAAUGUAUCAAUAUCACACUCGGUGUACUUGUGUUAAUACAGAUGCUUUAAAGAUAACACAUCAGACGAGAUCGACGUACUUGUCUAAUAGAGAUAGAUGUGAUCCUCAAAACCAAACUAUACUUCAUACCAAUAUGAUACUUCAAAGUGAAAUGAAACAACAUUCUCUUACUCGAGAUCAACUAUGUCCUCUUCAUCAAUUCAAUCUCGAUCAAGGGUAUGAACCAAACUUUGUGCUAGGCAGUCCACCGCCGCCGUUAUACAAGGUAUCAAGAGAGAGUUGUAGAUGGAUGCGUAGUAUGGCAUUACUAAGCAAGAGAAUAUUUGCAUUCAUAUCAACCACACUAUUUACCAACAUUGUUAUGGAUCCAACAGCAGAUACAUGGAAUCAUAUCACCAACAACUAUUGUAUCAUCAAACAACCAAAGAUAUUGACACUUGUCUCUCCAUCAUCUGACACUCAACUCUUCUUUACAAACAAAUCACAGUCCUCUUCAUCCGUCCAAUUUCUAAAGAAUGUUGAAAAGAUAUACAUCAACAAUCCACAUCUAGUUGAAAAUGGAUCAACUAUCGAAUCAUUAAUCAACUCCACACCAUCACUUCGAUCACUCACGAUCAAAUGUGAUGUUGGGUUAUCUUUGGCCGACCUCUUUCAAAACGCAAUAAUGAAAUCGAUUACAUCCAUCAACUUUGGGAAUGCCCUCUGUCAAUUGACUCCUUUUCAACUGACAUCAUCAAUAAUGUCGUGUCUCACAAAGAUUAUUCUCCCAUUUGCAUUUGAUUGGAAUAGUUUGAGCAAAGACAUUAAACAAAAUCUUCAAGUCAUUUCACUAUUGUUCAUCGAUCCAAUGGAUGCCACACUCCAAUUGGAUCCAAUCGAUUUUCCAUCACUGCGACAUGUUCAUGCUGUUACAAUCUUUGGCAGACUUAUCAACGUUCCAAAUCAUGUCGAUAAGGUUACGUGUUUCUCUGAUGCAUCCCCUACAUCAAUCGCCUACACUCCUAGAAUUCCCAAAUAUCCAAACCAAAAUAUUUCAACACUGCGAAUCAGAUUUGGUCAGGAGAAAGUGCCAUAUAAAUAUCUAAUAGAUCGCAGUGUCACUAUUACGUCUCUUAAAAAGAUUAUCUUAUUCAACUCAUUCACAGAUGUUUGCCAAGACCAAGUCAAUUAUUUUAAUAGUAUUGGAUUUAAUUAUUUUGGUUCAUCAUUCUCUGUACAUUCAAACACAAAGAAAUUAAUCUAUUUUAAAAAAGGUGAAACAAAUAAUAAUUUAAAUGGUAGUAAUAACGAUAUCAAUGUAAAUAAUAAUAAUAAUAAUAAUAAUAAUAAUCAACAAAUUGAGCAACCUUUGAUUCCAACCAUGACAACUAUAUUAUCCGACAAUAAUAAUAAUAUUAAUUUACCAAAUACAAUUAUCAACAAAAUAAUCAAAAUGACAUGGAAAUUAAGAGAACGUUGUACAUGUGUUUAUGAAAAAGAAACUAUUCAAAAAUGGAUUAAAAUUGGAUACGAUAUUCUAAAAGAUGAACAAGAACUAGAUCGAUUCAAUCAGAUAAAGAAUAAUUGUCCAACUCAUUUCUCACAUACUCAACCAUACCAACCAUUAACAUAUGAUUUGAAAAGUAGUAAUCGAUCUAAAUUACAAUUGACACUCAUCAACAAAGAUAUAUUUAAUUAUAUUGCCAACAAUUGUUUCUCCAUUGUAGACCUUCAAGAUUGGCCGUCUAUUUCAAUGUCUCAAUUCAACAAUGAUCACCCAUAUCGAGUUGCAUUCAAACAUUUUAUAACUGUAAUAUGUAAUGAAUUAAAUGAUAUGGAUAGGGUCCUCUCCAAUAUUCAAAAUCAUCCCUCAUACGGAUACAUUACCAAAGUGUUUCUCAGUAAUGGAGACUGUAUACAAGACUUUAUCAAACUAUUACCAAACCUAACUAGUAUUGACAUUUCUCAAACCGGUUCUAGAAAUUACCCAAAUUAUCAAUUAAAUGUAAUCAAUCUCCACAAACUUAAAUACCUAACGAAAUUGGAUUUAACAGGUACAUAUAUGCAUAAAGAUUCCUGUGGAUUGUUGUUGGAUGAGAUCAAAGACAUGCCUCUCAAAAAACUAUGCGUCCCACAUUUGUUUACUCAUCUAUACACUCUGCUCCCUAUCAGAUUAAAACAAUCAAUCACCAAGAUAUCAGCAGGUCAAUUUUGUGGACCGUACAUUAAAAAAUUCCCAAGCCUCAAUCAUAUUUUGAUAAACAAUGGCAAUGAUAAUUCAUCUAAAUGGAAACUACCGAAAACGGUUACAAAGAUAACAUUGUAUACCUUUGAGAUUGGAUUUCUGCCUCACAACAACUCAAUCAAAACAUUAAAACUUAAAAGUGCACCUGAUAAUACACAAUGUGUCUGGUUCAACCCAUUUCUCAAGAAAAUAUCAUCACCAAAAUGUUCCCAUGUUCAAACCGUCAUCUAUUGUUGCAAAGGCACUUUCCAAGUUCCCAAUGAUUUAUACAAUGAUUUUAAUUAUCGAGUAGAGUAUAGUAGGACGAGUUUGGAUUACAAAUACUCUCAAUAUUUAAAACUGUCAAGAAUCAAUACAUAUCUAGAUACAAUCACACCAAGAGAAAAGACUCACCAUGGUUGUCCUUUAAUGUAA